GGAAAUACCUACACAAUCAGUCGUUGCGUGACCUCCACCGCCUACCAUGCAGAGAUGGUGAUCGACAGUCGGUCCGUCUUAUCAAUCUACCCUUGUUAGCCUCGGAGUCAGGACGAUUAGAGUUACGCCGUCGCGCCAUGCCAUUCCCCUCUUUUUUCUUCAACAUUUUUUUCUUCUCUUUUCUCCUCACAUCCCCCCUCCCUUCGCUCCCUUCGGAUUAAGCUAUUUUUUUUCCUUAGCAAAGCCAUCGCUAUUAUACUGCAAUCCUGGCCUAAUCAUAUCCUGAUCCAACCCUGAGCUGUUCCAGGACCGGUGGUCCUGCGCGCUGUGGGGCAACCCGCCGCCUCCAAAUUUCCUUUGCGGCUGGUUUUGUUGGAAUAAAACCCGGCUUGACCCUGUACGUGACGGAAAAUACGGCAGACGACAGAAGUUCCGACUGGACGAUAUUCUCCUAGCGUCGUCAUGUCGCAACUCCAACCAGACCAGGCCAUCUUCAAACAACCCGAUCAGCCAAGUAGUAUCCGGGAACGUUCCCCGGACAGUCACGAUGUAGAAACGAACGAGCCGGAUGUGGCUGAGGUCGAGCGCAUCUACCGAAAGCUGGAUCUCCGGAUCAUCCCCGCGUUCUGGGUCCUCUACUUCCUCUGCUCGGCCGUCCGGUCGAAUGUUGGUCUGGCGCAGACGAUGAACACGGACUCGGAGCAUGAUCUGGGGUCCGUGCUGAAAAUGACGCCUCAUCAGGUCUCGACUGGUCUGGCGUUGUUCUACGUGUGUUACGUCGUCUUCGAUCUGCCGUCCAACCUGAUCAUGACGCGUUUGAGCCCGCAUGUUUGGAUGAGCCGCAUUGUCAUCAGUGUGGGGGUGAUUGGGACUUGUCUGGCGGCCAUGAAAGCCGCCUGGAGCUUCUAUCUCCUCCGUCUUCUCCUGGGUAUUGUCAUUGCCGGUAUGUGGCCCGGGAUGGCCUACUAUCUCACCCUCUUCUAUCCUCCAUCUCGCACCGGAAAGCGCAUCGGCCAAUACUACACCGCUGCGCAGAUCUCCGCCGCGGUCGUGGGCUUGGUGUCCGCCGGGUUCCAGAAGAUGGACGGCGAACGAGGCUACGUCGGCUUCCAGUGGAUGUUCCUGGUGUAUGGCGUCAUCACCAUCGCCGUUGGCAUCGUCCUGUUGUGGUGGUUGCCUGACCGGCCGACGAUCCCCGGGCAGGAUCCCGAGACGCGCAAAUACCUCCGGUGGAUCCCACGCAGCGCCCCUGCGUUGACCGGGCGGGACGCCGAGAUCCAUUACUAUGAUCUGAAGCGCGCUUACCACCGUCCGCGAUGGACGCUGAAGGACUUGCUGAGGGUGUUCAUGGAUUGGCGGCUGUGGCCACUGCUAAUCAUGUACUUUGGAGUGGUGGGGGUGGGGAUCGGCGUGCAGAGCUACGCCAGUGUGAUCAUCAGCGCAAUCAAUCCGCAGCUAAGCGGAGUUGAGCUGAGCUUACUGACGGCACCGAUUUGGCUGAUGGACCUGGCCGCUAUUCUCCUAGUCACACCAUUCUCCGACCGCUUCCACCAAUACCGAGCCGUCUUCUUCUCCAUCCCCGUAUGCCUCCAAAUCCUAGGUCUCCUGUUAACCACCUACGCCGGGACAGAAUCCAACCCAUGGCCACGGUACGGCGGACUCCUCAUCGUCGGCUUCGGCCUCGGCCCAACAGUACCCAUCACCAUGACCUGGACGUCGGAGCUCUUCCAACCGCGGCACGGCGAAGUCGGCGUGGCAGCCGCCUCGGCGGUCGUAUCAGGCUGGGGCAACCUCGGCAGCGUGGUCACGACGUACGCCCUGUACGAAGGGUGGGCGAGCGACUCGGCCGCCACAGGACGAGACAAGUACCGCAGGAGUAACCUGGUGAUGGUGGGGAUUCUGUGCGCUAGCAUUGUCGCGGCUAUCACGAUGGAGGUGCUCUUGAAGAUUAUGCGUCGCCGGAAUGGCGGCGACGAUGACGGCGAAGACAAGAUUGUGGAUGGGGCCGCGCGGAGAGAAGCGCAGCAGCGAGGCCUGCAUGGGCUGGGAUCGAGUCUGGUCAACCAUGUCCGGGGGAAAUAAUAUCCUAUACUAUACUUCCUUGCCUUGUUAUGUGAGCCAUAUCUGCUCGUUGCUCUACGGGGGAGGUCCUUGCAUGAUCUGAUAUACUCCAUCUGUCCACAUAACAAUAUACGAAAUCAAGCCUUUUAAUUCUCGCCUUUGCAUUCACAUAAGAGUACAGGGAAACCCAGUCUAAUAGGGAAAACCCAUACCAA